GGCUGCUAAAUUGUGCUUGCUCAGUCGGUCGCCAUGUUUUGAACUUUCUUCAAGUUUAUCCUUGAACCUGCAGCAUCGAUUUUAAAGCUGUAUUUGAAUGAAACGUCAACGAAACAGUAUGCAAAUGCAGAAGAUACCAAUCAUAUUGGCAAUUAUGCUGUCAAUGACCGGAAGAUCAGUCAAGGCUGAAAACGUAAAGAGAGAUAUAGUAAAUCUUAUGGAGAAAAUAGACGAACAAUGUAACGGUAACGAAGGUUGUUUGAAGAAUAUGUACAAGAGGCUAGAAGAAAAUAUCGGCAGUUACAACAAAAUAUACCCUGGCCUUCCAUACGGUGAUGCUGAUCAGAAUACGGCAGUAGAUACAGAAAGCUUCGGGCAAACAAAUGAGGAGAAUAUGUUAAUGUUAGAUCAUGUGAAAGACGAAUCUAAUGAACAGUUGGAACAUGAACUUGAUCAUCUGAAAGAUAUGUUUAACCGAAUCCAUACAAAUGCUGGCGCAGAGCUUAACAGUCCUUUUGGAACAGGUACACAAAUGGAAUCGGAAGACGAUUGGGGCGGUCUAGGAUCAUCAAAUUCAAUACCUGAAAACAAAAUUCGUGUAUUGACGGGCAUGGAUGUUAAUCUAAGCGAUGUAAGGGCUAUGGAUAAGGAAGAUAGGCUAAAUUGGAAACAAGAAAUGAGGGGAAAGCUACAAGAAGCAAAGGGAGAGCGCAAAGUGGAAAGGGAUGAGUUGAAAAGACAAAGAGAAGCGAUCAAAGACAGUAAACAUGAACUAGAGUACUAUCAAAAAGACAUGCUUCUUGAGCUAGAAGAAGAAAUCGCUGAGCUUAACGAGGAAAAAGAGGAAUUAUUAAAAGAGAAAGAAGAAAUACUACAAGAGAUUGAAAAUAGAGAUAAAAAUGAAGAACCAACCGAACCACCAUUCUAAAGUCAAAUACAUUGACUUUAAUUGCCUAAUUCGACACCAGAAAAUAAUUAUGUUGAUAGUGAGAGUUAAAUAAUAAUUGACUCAUGGCUGAUAGG